AUGACUGCUAUCACUCCUGCAGCAACGCCUACUCCAAUUCCGGCCUUUGCUCCACUCGAAAGAUUUGAUGAGGACGAGGACAAAUUCGAAGAGGGUGAGGACAAAUUCGGGGAGGGCGAGGACAUAUUCGAGGAGGGCGAGGACACAUUCGAGGAGGAUGGAGACGAGGACGAGAUUGCCGGCACAGUUCGCGCAAAUGUUUGGCUGAUAUGGAUCGCAUCUGGAGUGUUGCAGCAGGCCGUAUUAUUCAAACCACAGCACCAGUACGUUGAAGUGGCCUGUCCAUCGCAGGGAGUCAAUUGA